GUUGAGUUGAGCAGAUGUUAUGAAGUUUCGGACUUGGGACUUAACUGUGAGCGCUUUUUUCAAGCAUGGACAGCGUACACACAGUGCAUGUGACUUAUUACUGAUCAGUGGACAACUGAAUGUAAGACAGUUUGGAUGCAAGGACAUUUCUGUUUCUGAGAUGAGCCCGGAUCUGGAUAUCUGUGUCUGCAACCCACGGACUGACAAGUUCACUACGUAUGAUCUCAUUACGAAGACGAGAAACCCAGCGUUUACGCUCCCUGCCUCUCGGACCCGCCGCCGCUACAACGACUUCCAGUGGUUGCGCAAGACGCUCCAGAAACAUCACCCUCUUUGCGUGUGCCCGGAGCUGCCCGAGCGGAAACAUUCCCAGGAGCGGUUCGAGAUCCAGUUUCUCGUGCAGCGUAUGAAGGACCUCGAGGAUUGGCUGCUCGUGGUUGUGCGGGAGAGUCUGUACCUGUCGGACUCAGCGCUGCACCUGUUCCUGCAGUCUUCACUCUCCUGUGACCACAUCGACCUCUACAUCCGGGGAUGUCUCGCAGAGGACGACGUCAGCCACGCAUACACCGAGGCCGCCCGCAACGCACAGGACAGCACAUCGUCGCCAUGUAAGGAUACAGGUGCACAUCGAUCCUACCGGUCUGUUGAGUGUAAAGUUGGAAGUUCGUGCAGAAGCAGCAACGUAGAACAAGGAGAGGGCAGUAAUGGCCAUAGACGCUUGAUUACCCCUGACAGCGGCCUCGCGGAGGAAGACUCGGAUAGUGACGCAUGUUCUCUGACGUCUUCGCACAACUCGAGCGGGAGCGCGUCCUUUGAGACAUCCCCAAGUGUAUCAGGGCAUUACCCACCACUGACCGAAGUUCGGGUGUGCUCCUCUUGCCCGGAGGACUGUGGCUGCGGCGGCAACGACAGUGGCGACUGCGGGGUGGGUGCAGGAAGUUGCAAUAGUGGACAUGCUGCUGACAGUCUAGAUGCUUGUGAGCGUCAGUUGAAGCAGUGUGACUGUCAGAGGAAUAAAUGCACAUGUGGGAGGAACCAUCAAGAGAAAGGUAGAAGAUACUGUGCAUCGUGUAUUGAUAAACCUGAUUCAGAAAAGUCAACCAAGACUGUUGAAAGUAAACCAAUAACAAGGAAAGUGGAAAUGGGUGUGAUAUUCUCAGUCAAUUGACGCAAAGUUUUUUUGAAAUUCACACGGAUUAUAUACAAGACAUUCCGUUUUAAAAGGUGUUUCUAGUCGGUCCGAUUUUUAAAACAUUUUAACUUUUAAUCGACUGUUCAUUUAGGUUGUGUCUAACCAAUACUCUUAAUCCGGGGGUUGUUGUGCAGUAUGAUUUUCUGAAAGUAAAUAUCAUUUCCCAUUUACUGCCGUUUGGCAAUUUUGGCUUUAAUGAACACCAGGCUGUAAUGUCCGUAACCAUUCUAGUGGUACGUGCAUCCAUCUGUUUUGAAACAGAAAUGAGCAUUUGCCAUGGUAUGCUGAUAAAAAAUAAAUAAAAUCUCCAUUACGUAAUGUAUUAUAUCGAGGAAAAUAAAGUUUAAAAUAUCAGUUGCCGGAAUUAUGUUACCUUAAAAUGUGUGCUAUCUAUGGUAAUAAACUUGCAGUUUAGAGGAAAGCUUUUUUGGAAGCCUUUUUAGUAUUAAUGUUGUAUUUUUAUAUGAAACAUUACCAUAUUUCAAGAAGAACAGGACAUUUAAUGUUCAUAACUUUAAAUGCGUAACUUGAAAAUGUGUGUUUUCAACUUUAAUAAAGUUAUUAGCACCUUAUUUGUGCAAUUAUAUAGUGUAUUAUGUAUUUUAUUGUAAAUAUUAAUAUACUGCAAACAAAACAAAACAUGUAUUAUCCGUAACAUAAUGUACAUAACGUUACCCGUGCUUCCUUUCAAAUAUAUCUUAUGGUUGUUGUAAAGAAGUUCUUAAGGUAUAAAUCAUGCCUUUAUAAUUAUCUUAAUAUAAAAAUAAACAUGCCGAUGAAGACUGUGUGACUACCAAGUAUGAUUUCAGUGAUGAAGAUGUAAUUGAAGCAAUGAUUGAUUUUAGUGUGUGUGUAUUUCCAUUUCAUCUAAAUUUUAAACGGUUGUUAAGUUUAUUUUAUAAUUCUAAUAAUAAACAAUUUUAUGCAA